AAUGAUUCAGGCGGCAGGUGUGUGAGGAGGCAGGACAUACAGUAACAGAGAGCAACACAGGCAACACUGACGAACACUGGAGGCUCAGACACUAAUGAACGGACCCUUUGAGGUAAUAAACUAACAGACACUAAGCUGGAGGAGAAAGGGGAGAACCAGGCCACAGAGGCUGAAGUCGACCAGGAUGAUGGGACAUUUACUAACAUCUCUCUGGCAGAUGACACAGUGGACGGUGGAUCUGCAGCCCUGCAUAUCAAACAGGAGAAAGAUCAUCUCAUCAUGAACUGUGACAUAGACGGAGACGUGGAAAACCAGGUGGAGGUGGAGGACAAGAUGACCUUAAUAAAUCAGGUUUUGGAACUUCAGCACACAUUGGAAGACCUGUCGGCACGAGUCGACACAGUCAAGGAGGAGAACCUGAAGUUAAAGUCUGAGAACCAGGUCCUCGGUCAGUACAUUGAGAACCUCAUGUCUGCCUCUAGCGUCUUCCAGACCACUGACACCAAGAGCAAACGGAAGUGAUGUACUCGUGAAAUGGGCCUGGGCGAGCAGCUAGAAGACUAAACCUGCUAAGGAGACAUGAGGUUUGUUUUCUUAGCAGACCUGUCAGUUUUGUGUUAACCAGAGACAAAACCUUUAAUCCUAACUUAAAGUCCUAAACUAACUUUGUCAUCCCGUAAUCUAUCUUUAAAAAUUAAAAUGUUAACGUUAGCCUGGCCCAGGUCUGUUUUGCAGUGUUCUGUUAACACUACAGCUGGUGGACCUCCCCUGUUGACCAUCACAAAAAAAUAUGUAUAUGAAAUCUCUAAUGAGUGAUUUGUAUCUCAGAGGUCUUUCAUUAUAUUGCCUGACUCUGCUGGGUUUCCUGUUUAAGAAUUUAGAGCUUUCUGUGGUUUUCCAAACUUUCCCAGUGUCCUAGCUGUACAGUAACUUGGGUUAAACAAACAAUAGCUAAUUUAAAAAGCAUAUGACCAAGUACAGUAGCGCCCCUUCAUCACUGGCUUAUUUUCUAAUUUAUUUUUGUAAUGUUUUCUAUGUCAGCUGGAUCGGAGUUUUGGUAGAUCUUGGAUGACAUCAUAUAAACACAUUGCAUGACUGUACCCCUACACUCAACAGUAUUACUGAAAUAAAAAAAAUAAACUUAGAUGGCAUGUUUUUGUUAACAUAUACAAUAAAAUGUCUUGCAAACUGUAUAAAGCUACUGAAAACAAUCUAACAAUCAUAGUCAUGCAUUGUUGUAUUGCAGAGGCUGCAACAAAUAGAAAUACAGAAAUAACAGGAACUAUAUUAAACUGCCAUCAGUGAUGUUUUCAUUUCAAGUGUUUCAUUUGCAGAUUCUGAUGUUUCACUUUAAGAUUGACACCUUUUAGUGACUUGGCCUAAACUAUUGUGCGAAUUUGGUUGUGUUAAAGAUACAAAAGACCCUGCAAAUUAUAUUUAUGUCCUUAUUCUGCAAUGAUGUUAAAGGGACGGAUUUAAGAGUGAGACGUAUCAAAUAAGAGCUGCACCAACAAUAGCAGUCGACAGGUCUCCAGUCUUAUUGAUCCACUCAGACCUAGAACACAUCACUGUUGUCCUGACUGAACAGCAAAGUGGUGGGUGUGUCUUUCACGUCGUUUACUGCCUCAGGGAAAAAAGAAACGAGGGUGGAAGGACAGGAAAAGGUUUUUAGCUCUUGACUAAAUUAAAAUCUGAAAGGCAUAAUUGACUUUGGUGCUGUCUGAAAGUAGAGGAACCGAUAUUACAGGAUGCUUCAAACAAUGUAUAUGUUGUAAUUUAUUGAUUAUUAAUUUAUAUAUUUUCAAUUGUACAGUAGCAUUUCACUGAGUUUCUCCUGGUGUACUGAUCAUAUUUUCCUUCACACUUUGCCCAUCUGCUUUUGAGCAUUUGUUUUUAAUAAAGCCUAAACUGUU